GUUGAAAUUUUCCUUUAGACCGCGGUUGGCUGUUGUCGGUUGUCGAUUCCGAAAUAUUAUUCAAAAUAAGUUCGAUUUUUCUUGAAUUUAGUCGCUAACAGUUGAAGUUAAUAAUAUUAGCCAUGAUUAUAAAAACCGGAGAAAUUAUUAUAACAAUUGUUGCCUUAUUUGUUCGGAUUAAUUUCGCGUAUAUAUAUUCGACUGGAAACCACGAUUCGGAUAUUUGUGGUCAUUGGAAUGGUAGACGACAUUUCCUUGAACUUGGAGAUCGUGGGGAGUUACACGCGAAAAACUUAACAAGCUCCUAUGCACGAAACUACAUGUACACUAACGCUAAGAAUCAAACAAUGCUCUGGUAUCAAUGUAAUUUGGAGCUGAUUACCUGCUCGGACUGUGUAAUCCGGAUCACAUUCACUCACACAAAUUUCAGCAAAAUAUGUGAAAAUCCAAAUAGAAAUAUUGGUAAUCCAACAUCGAGAUGUCCUUGUGAUCAUAUACAGUUUUCUGAGCCGCCCUAUGAACCCGAUGUAUCCGGACAUUAUUUUUGUGGUGACGGGAAAGUUUUCCGAAGUCAGACUAGGUCAUUGAUGAUGAAGUUCUUCUAUAAAACACCGGCAGAGCAUAUAUUUACGUUGCAGUAUUUUUCCGAAAGAAACGUAAAAAUAAUUAGUGGGUCACCGCGGCAAUCAAUUGUUAGCAACGCAACACAACUGAGGCCAAAUAUUAUCUCAACACCGUAUUUCCCGCUUCCAUAUCCUCGAGAUUACGGAAUCGAGCAUAUAUUCUCAUGCGAUUCGGAAAACUGUCGAGUUCGCCUGGACUUUACAGAUUUUCAGAUCGGUUUAACAUCAACUAUGGAGAUUUUCGACUCAAAUGGACAAAUGUUGGACACGUAUACCGGUGAACAUUUUCGCCCGCCAAUUGUCGUUAGUAGCGGGAAAUCCCUAUUAAUGCAAUUCCGUGGUAAUGGCGUGACGGGAGUUGGAUAUCGUGCUGAAAUCUCCUUUAUAUCUGAAAAACAGCUGAACGAAAAAGAUUUGAUACCUUAUACAGAUUGCGGUGGAAUGGUAGGAAGUUUUGGUGGAGCUAUAACGAUGAUGAAUAUGCUUGAAAAUGCAUCCAGUGUUCGGUACUAUGAUUGCAUUUGGAUCAUCAAACCAGGCAACAGUUACAUGUUGAUGAAAACACAUAUAUCCUUACGUGUUGAUGCGUUUCAUGGCAUGGCGUCUCGAUCUGAGCUUGUAAUCAAAGAAGGUACCACAUCGAUCGGGCAACAACUUGAAACCGUAAGAUGGCCAGGACAUCGACUGAGUAAAAGAAAUCAUAUCCUGCCCAUAGUGGCGGGUUUCUACGUUAGAUUAAAAGGCGUCUUCGGUCUACCUUCUCGUCUGGCUAUUGUUUACAGCGUUUUCAAUUAUAUCAACUGUUACAUAGGAUCAGAGUUCCUGUGUGAAAACAAUCAUUGCAUUUCUAUUCGACUCCAUUGCGAUGGUUUCGAUCAUUGCGGAGAUGGUAGCGACGAACCAGAAAAAUGCGAAGAAGAUUGGGCGCAUUCUCCCAACGACCGACGAUGGUAUUCGCAUAAGCCGAAUUACUAUUUUCCAAAAAUCGAACAGUAUCCAGAUUUGAAAGCAGCCACUGGAAUAUUUAUAAUAAGCACACUUGGGAUACUACUAGUCAUAUCUGGAUGGAUGGUCAUCCUUUACAGAAUUGGUAUAAGAACCCGAAAUCCACGUGAUUUACAAAAUCAUCUACAAACUAUUAGUGAAUUGCUGGAUCGCCAAGAAGAAAUCCCCGUUGAUGAUCCGCCAGAUUAUGAAGCACCACCAGACUAUGAGGAUGUAAUAAAAGUGGGUAUGGAUGAUCAAAUGAGGCAUUCGAGACGUUUAAAUCGGCCGAAUGGUAAAAAGCAUCACCACCGCCAUCGACGUCAGAACCACCUUCACCCUCAAAGAAAUCUGUCAAAUGGAAAUGCAAGUAUCGCAGACCAGAAUAUGCCCUCUUGUUCCACAAUGUCAAUGAACAGUGACACUGGCCAAUCUGACCAAAGUGAUGAUAAUUUGUCUAACACGGUUUUGAUGUCAACAGCAUAUUGUGAGAUUGCAGAAACAACUCCGGCAGCAUCGAAACGGUAUGCUUGGAAAGACCAGGGUUGUCAGACCAGCACGUUGCUCGAUUAUGGAGCGUCCACAAAUGGGGCAGAUUCGUCGAAUCUCAAUCACCAGGAGAACUCGUCCUAUAGUCUCGGGACGCCUACGCAAUAUGAGGAACGUUCUGCAGAAUUCCGGGACGAGUCACUUAAUGUUUCCCUAACUUUAAAUAUACCAACCAACCAUACAAUGACAGAAAAUAGUCUUUCAGAUCCUUUACGUCCCAAGAGUGUUGCCACAGAUAAUAAUAAUUGCUUCAAAAAAACUUGGCUUAUGUUCUCUAGUGGGGGCGGAGGAGGAGCUACCACCACAGAUGCCUCCCAUACCGACACCACAUCAGCAUCCGGAUUUUUAACGCCCGAGGCAUUUAAAAAACAAGAAAUGAAUUACGGAUCAUAUUUGCAAAGCGACAGGAACUCUUUUCUCAGUACCACUAGCACCUUCGGUUCAGAUUUACCUAUCGAUUGUACACCGGAUGGUGAAUUUACUCAACGUUCUUUGGUAUCCGAAAAUGCAUCACCGUCUACAGAUCAUCCACCUAAUAAACGACAAGGACCCCUACUGAACGCUAGUUUUUCCGAUCAUGGAAUUACAUAUAAAUCAAAAGGCUGUGAUAACGGGAGUAAUGUAGAUGUUUCAUGCUUUGGGAAUGUAAACAUUUUCGGGACUACGAAGCUGAGAAGAAAUCACGUUCGUAGUAAAUCAUUUAACCAGAACGAUAGGCGAAUAGAGCAAAGGAAUACUCGACUGAAAAGAUGCUCAUCGGCUGACCGAUUGCUUUUAACAACCUUGUCCAAAUAAUUUUAACAGUCGUUUUGAAUAUCAGCCGAAUUUAAAGGACUUUAUUUUCGGUAGACCAGUAGCGUUGUUCACGCAUAUUUCCCAAA